AAGAAAGAAAGAAAGAAAGAAAAAGAAAGAGAGAAAGAAAGAAAAAGAGAGAGACAGAAAGAAAGAAAGACAGACCGGCGCUUGUGGCAAAUUCCCUUGGCUUGCGCGCUUGCCAUUUAAAUAUCGGGGUACCGUUUUUUGAUAAGAAGCAGGAUUCUUCUUCUUCUUCUUCUUCCCGCUGUCAUGAAUUCCGCCGUCGAAGUGGUAGCUUUUAUUCUGGGCUUCAUCGCUUGGAUAAUGCUGGGCAUUUGCAUCCCUUACGGCUACUGGAAAGUGUCCACGAUUGACGGGAGUGUCAUCACCACCUCCACGCUAUACGAGAACCUGUGGAUGUCGUGCGCCUCGGACUCCACGGGCAUUCACAACUGUAGAGAGUUCCCCUCGCUGCUCGCGUUAUCCGGUUACCUGCAGGCGAGCCGGGCGCUGAUGAUCACGGCGCUGGUUGCGGGGACCCUGGGCAACGUCGCAGCCAUGCUGGGACUGAAAUGCACCAAAGUGGGGGGGGACAACUACGUCUUCAAAGGAAGGAUUGCGGGAGUGGGCGGGCUCUGCUACAUUCUGGAAGGUCUGUGUGCGAUGGUUGCCAUCUCCUGGUAUGCCUUUAACAUCACCAGAACUUUUUUCGACCCUUUAUAUCCUGGAACAAAGUAUGAGAUCGGACCUGCCCUCUAUAUCGGGUGGUGUGCUGGCACCAUGGCUCUGAUCGGGGGGUGCUGUCUUUGCUGCUCCUGCCACCAGGGCACAGCCGACAAGCAGCCCAGUGGAUAUUAUCGCGCUCCGAGAGGGACGAUCAUGACCGCUGCAUCCCGGACCGUGAAAUCCCCCUCCGAGUCAGGAGGAACCAACUACGGGAGAAACGCUUACGUGUGAGACCCUGAGGAGACUCC